AUGCCCACAAAGCGGAAGAUCGACUCGAUUCUGAAAGUCAACGGCACAGACAUUGUUGACGCCAAUGGGCACAAGGUGGUCCUCAAAGGGGCUGGACUUGGCGGUCAUCUCAAUAUGGAGAAUUUCAUCACAGGCUUCUCAGGCCAUGAACACGAACACCGAGCAGCGCUUCUCUCCGUUCUUGGGCCACAAAAGUACAAAUUCUUCUUUGACAAGUUUCUGGAAUACUUCUUUACCUCCUCAGAUGCCAAAUUCUUUGCAUCUCUGGGGGUGAACUGCAUACGCGUGCCUUUCAACUACCGCCACUUUGAGGACGACAUGAAUCCAGGCGUUUACAAAGAAGAAGGUUUCCAGCUGCUCGACCGUAUCGUCAAUAUCUGCUCCGAGCAAAAUCUAUAUGUUAUUCUUGAUCUUCAUGCCGUUCCAGGCGGCCAAAACCAGGAUUGGCAUUCCGACUCGGGCAGUAGCAAGGCCAUGUUCUGGAAUUUCAAGGAGUUCCAAGACCGAAUGGUUAAUCUCUGGGUUGCGUUGGCAAAGCAUUAUAGAGGCAAUGCUUUCAUUGCCGGCUAUAACCCGCUCAACGAGCCAGCAGAUCCGGACCACGUCAAUCUUAUCAACUUUUACUACCGUGUCGAGAAAGCCAUCCGAGAGGUUGACCCGGAUCACGUCCUUUUCAUUGAUGGGAACACAUAUGCAAUGGAUUUCUCGCAGUUCCCUGCCGAACCUUUUCCCAAUACCGUCUACGCAUGUCAUGAUUACUCGAUGAUGGGCUUUCCGACCGGAGAUCCAUAUCUGGGUACAUCUGCUCAGAAGAAGAAGCUUCGGGAGAGCUUCGAACGAAAGGUUGCUUUCAUGAGAAAGCAAAAAGUACCUAUCUGGAACGGCGAAUUCGGUCCCGUUUAUGCAUCUGCCACGGAUGACGCCAACUUCCAGCAAACAAACUCCCAGCGCUUCGCACUUCUCCAGGAACAACUCUCCAUUUACCAAGAAUCUGACAUUUCCUGGUCCAUCUGGCUAUACAAAGAUAUCGGCUAUCAAGGCAUGGUCUACGUUUCCCCCUCUUCGCCCUACAUGCAACUGAUCGCCCCCUUUCUCGAAAAGAAGAAAGCACUUGAUCUCGACUUCUGGGGCUGCUCAGACAGUAAAGUUGCACACAUAUACGCGCCAUUUCUCACGGCUCUGAAAGAAAUGGUUCCGAAGCACUUACGGGACAAGAUAUAUCCGAAUGUGUGGACCUUUGAGCGACAGGUAGAAAGGAGAGUGAGAGAAUGUUUGCUGAGUGAGUACAUGGGAUGGGAAAUGGCGGAACUUUUCAGAGGCAAGACGGAGGAGGAGCUUGAUGAGUUGGCUGGCAGUUUUAAGUUUGAGAAUUGCGUUCUGAGGGAUGAGUUGAAUGGGAUAUUGCAGACUGAUGCGAGAUUUGGUGAUGAAUUAGGGGCUGAAUCAUGA